AUGACCGACCAGGUGACACCAUGGCAUCACAUUAAUCGCUUUUAUCACACAACGCGCAAGCCCAUUCAACUGCUUGUGGCGUAUCACGCAGAUGCGGCGGCGGCGUCCAUCACUUUAACAGCGCUGUUAAAGGCCUGCUUUAUCCCUUUUAACCUGCACCCCAUCAUGGAGUAUGAUGAGGUGAAGGACGUGAUACAGCGCACAAGUAUGGUGCAAGAUACGGAGUUUUUGGGUGACGGUGCACCCGUAGACGAGUUGUUUGUUCUUAUUGGCCUUGGAGCUUCCAUCUCACUGCGGUCUUUCUUUAACUUGGGGCGACAUAUUGUGAUUGUGCUGGAUUCCUAUCGUCCUUUUCUUCUUGACAAUCUGCGCGCAAGCGACAAUGACCGGUUGGUGGUCUGGGGACAUGAUCGCAUCUAUGAGGAGGUGGAGCAGUUUUUCCUGGAGCAGCGAAGACUAGAAUUAGUACGGGCGCGGCGGCGGCGGCGGCGGCGGAUGCGCCGAAAUCAACGUCGCCUACGUGCAUACGGCGAAGGCGUUGACGUCGCGGAAGAAGCAGAGGAGGAGAGUGAAAUUGACAGCGGUAGCAGCGAUGACGAUGAUGAUGAUGCUGAAACUCAUGACGAUAUGACUCCCUCACACAGCCAAGAGGGGAUUGACUGGAUGAACGAGGAGGUGCCGGAGGAGCUUGAACGGCUCUAUUACGCAGCUGAGUGUGGUGGCAAAAGUUCUGCGUUAGAAGUCUACGACUUGGCAAUUCUUUUGAACCGUGUUAAGGAGGCGGUGUUGUGGCACGCGGCAGUGGGAAUCUGCGAUUUGUUUACGCGUCGUCUGAUCGAUUAUGGAACGUAUCUAGUGGAAAUGCGACGCUUACACAACGAGGUGACGCUACGCAAGGGCAUUCGCCGAGGACCACUAGAUGAUGUCACGGAGGAAACACUCAACAGGCACCACAAGAUUGCGUCUAGUAACACAAUGCAGCUUAUAAACUUUGAUGAGGAUCAGUUGUUUCUCCUGCGGCACUAUUCCUUGUGGGGGGCCAUGUGGUACCACCCGGUGGUUGCGAGUCUCCUGAGCCUCCAUCACGUAGAGGAUGGGACGGGGACGCUGCGACAACUCCUGGCACGUUGUGGUGUCUCUGCAAAAUUAGCCCAACAGCCAUGGGGCGAGCUUCCGGACGACGUUAGGGUGGAAUCACUACGACUUGUGCACAAUGAACUUAAACAAGUCUUGAGAGCAAGGGGAAGCUUCAUCAAAAGCCCGACUCGUAUUCGUUGUGUGGCACGCACAACAGGGUAUAGUGUGGAGGUCUCAACCUUUGAUGUUUGUACCCUUUUUACGGCGUUGCUUGCAAAAGUGCCGCCAAGUAAUAUGAACACUGAAGAGGUGAGCGAGGCAGUGAUGAAGGAAAAAUUACGUGAGUUUCGUCGGGAGCAGUUUUGGCGUGCUCAUGGCGUUAUUGAUGCGGAUCCUAACACCACGUUAUUUGUAGCUGCAGUGCAAGAAGCGCGGAUGCUGCACGAGGCAGUGGCAGCAGCCACCAGUGCAUUAAUGCAACCUGGCAUGAUUCAAAGCACCAAAGGCAUUCAUUAUGUUCAACCGAGUGAUCCGACGAAUGCCUCUACUGCGUUAGAGACGUUUGGUUGUCCUUUUCGUCUUUCCAUGUUGGCAGAGCGUAUGUUGAUUGCAUUGACUGUUGAGAGGGGGCUUGGGAAGUAUACACGCGAGGUACGACCAGUUUUGCUCUCUUGUCCCGUUCCUCGAUUAAUCGGCCCGACCACGCGACGGCAGGAAUUGCAACAGCAGCAAAUAAUUCAAACCGAGCAGACGUUUAUUGUUCUCUUUGCUCACGAAGGGCCCACAAAGGAGGGUUUGACGCCGGUUGUAUCCGUCGCGCGAUGGAACGACUGCGUCACAAACACUGAGGACUUCCUCGUGCCUCCAUUGCGGGAUUUCAUUAGGCGCGACACGGUGAUCAUAGAUGGGCGCGAGUCCACCGCACAUUUAGCGGAGAUGCUGCACCUUCGUUCUCUUACAGGAACCCUUUGA